UGGCCCAAGACUGAGUCCAUUUGAUCACCACUUUACCUUCACGCCUCCUCGUUCGGUAGCGCACAGUCAGCGCGAGGCUCAUGACUAACCAGAAGGCACAUUGGCUCACGUGCCUGGUGGGGCUGUUUGUCCACAGGGUGCCAACCGUAAUUUCUCUCCAUUCUGGUUCGGAUAUUGCUGCGACGGCUACAGUGGCAUCGCUAGCAAAUGCUUCCAAGUACCAUCAUGCAGACAUGCUCUCGUCGGAACAGGUCUUCACCUUCACUGGGAGCGACCAGUAUUAUUACACGCAGGGCCACACUCAGUUCCUGGUGAAGGCCUACGGUGCUGGCGGAGGGAACUUUUUGAGAUCAGGAACGGAAGGUGGGGUUGGAGGUUACGCCGAGGCCGUCAUCAUCGUCCCUGCGGGCACGGACCGCUUGACGGUCGUCGUCGGGGAAGCCGGCGCCACUUGGGGAGACGGGUCAUCUCCAGACCCUUGCUACCACAACGCCUUCGGCGGCGGCGGCAGGUCUGCCUGCGACGGUUACAACACAGCCGGAAGCGGGGGUGGCCGUUCGAGCGUCAGGCUCGAUGGUGAGGACAUCCUCACUGCGGGUGGGGGCGGAGGUGGCUCGGGUAAGUGGGUGGCAUCCGUCGAGUGCAAGGGGCCAGGAGUCGAAGAACACCUCAACUGCAUAAACAUGGACCUUCGGAUGUCCGUGCGGAUUUCUUUUGGUCGGCGCUGAGCCCCCUCGCGGCAGCUCCGGCGCUGCCCCUGGCUCGUGCUGCGCGCCGGGGGAGGGGGUGGGGGGCCCGGCGCCGACCCACGCAUUCCGCGCGGACCUCCAACAGUUUAGACUGUCUGUGCAGAUGUUGGGUUCCUCCAAGGAGGGAGCGGUGGCGGAGAGGCUGGCGGGACCGACUGCGAUUCUUCUCUGCUCUCCGGCCAGGGUGGCACGGCUUCCGCCGGGGGCGCGGGGGGAGUCGGCACCAAGAGGACGGGAGGCGCUGGCGGGAAAUACAAAGGCGGUGAUGGGAAUUCAAGCUCGGGCUGGAGCGGCGGCGGCGGCGGUGGCGGCUACUACGGAGGCGGGGCUGGAGGAGGGC